AAAAUCGCAGUGCUGCCUGUUCUUCAGAAAAUCAGAACACAACUACGGAAGCAAACUUUAGGAAAGACAGAUCCUCGAGCAAAAUUAAUACCUCCAGGAUACGACGAGACCUGAACCUCCUUGUUAUUUCAGCUAAAGAAUAUGCAAGUGUUCUUGCGGCUUGGCCUCUGUCUGCUAUUGCUCGCGGCACAAUAUGCCCCUGGAAUCGCAGUUCCUAGUUCAGAGUGCCGAAGGCAGUGUGGCAAUGUUGAGGUACCGUAUCCAUUCGGUAUCGACCCCGACUGCUCGCUCGGAGAAGGUUUCGACCUUACUUGUGAGGUCCAAGAUGGCGAUCACAGGCCAUUCAGGGGCGCCUUUGAGGUUCUCGACAUUUCCUUGACUGAAGGCACGACCCGGGUGCUCAAUUACAUCCUAGGGUUCUGCUACAGCACCUCUACCGGGAGCAUGGAGUAUUUUGGCCGUUACGGGGGAUUCAAUGAAGGGGAUCCUUCUUCUCCCUAUCGUCUCUCCGAUGUCCAGAACAGGUUCACGGUCCUCGGUUGCAACGCCCUUGCCUCCAUCUCGGACCCUUCUGGUACAGGCUACCAAGGGUAUGGUGUUGCAACCUGCCGCAACCAGUCAGACUUAGUGGAUGGAUCUUGCUCCGGUAUCGGCUGCUCCCAGACUACCAUACCAAAGAGGAUGUACUACUACCAAACAACUUUCUUCCACUCGGUCAACACAAGUCAAAUAUUUAAGUUCAACCGGUGCAGCUAUGCCGUCCUGAUGGAAGCAGAAGCAUUCAGGUCCAACACCACGUACAUAAACACCAACAAGUUCAACGAAACAUACCGUGGACGGGUGCCUAUGAUGCUUGACUGGGCUGUGAGAGAUGUGAAGUCAUGUGAUGUUGCAAAACUGAACAAGACGGGAACUUACGCAUGCCUCAGCAGCAACAGCAAGUGCGUGGACUCCACCAAUGAUCAAGGAUACAUUUGCAAUUGCACCAAUGGGUAUGAAGGCAAUCCUUAUCUUCGAGACGGAUGCAAAGAUGUUAAUGAAUGCAGUCACAACCCAUGCCCUUCGGAUGGCUUUUGUCGCAAUAGCGUUGCAGGGUACCGGUGUUCUUGUCGAGUUGGAAAAAAAUAUAUCAAAGAAAGCAAUACGUGCAGCCCCGACACCGGCUUAAUAAUAGGAAUCGCAAUGGGAUUAUUUGGUCUAAUGGUUAUCGUCAUGAUCACUGUCUUCUGGGGACAGAUGAUACUUCAAAAGAGAAAACUGAAUAUAGUAAAACAAGAGUAUUUUCGCCAACAUGGAGGCUUGCUUUUGUUUGAUAGGAUGAAAUCAGAUAAAGGUCUUGCUUUCAAUGUAUAUUCGGAAGCUGAACUCAUACAUGCCACUGACAACUUUGACAGCAGCAGAAUACUAGGAAAAGGAGGCCACGGAACGGUCUACAAAGGGAUAACAAAAACAAACAUGCCAGUUGCAAUUAAAAGAUGUGCAGUAGUUGAUGAAAGACAAAAGAAGGAAUUCGGCCAAGAGAUGCUCAUUUUGUCCCAAAUCAAUCAUAAAAAUGUUGUUAAACUCUUGGGUUGCUGCCUUGAGGUGGAAGUUCCAAUUCUGGUCUAUGAGUUUGUCCCAAAUGGUACACUAUUUGAGCUUAUCCAUGGCAAGAACCAAGCAUUGCAAAUAUCCUUUAGCACUCUCUUAAGGAUCGCCCAUGAAGCAGCCGAAGGACUGAGCUUCCUACAUUCAUAUGCGUCUCCCCCAAUAAUUCAUGGUGAUGUGAAAACUGCCAACAUCCUUCUUGAUGACAACUACAUGGCCAAAGUGUCGGACUUUGGAGCCUCCAUUCUAGCCCCAUCUGACGAAGAGCAAUUUGUCACAAUGGUUCAAGGUACCUGUGGAUACCUUGAUCCUGAAUACAUGCAAACAUGCCAGUUAACGGACAAAAGCGAUGUGUAUAGCUUCGGAGUUAUCCUUUUAGAGAUCCUCACUGGCCAGUUGCCACUGAAGCUCGAUGGGUCUGAGAGGCAAAGGAGCUUGUCGUUAAUUUUCCUAUCUGCUAUGAAGGAGAAUAAUCUGGAUGCUGUGUUGGUGAGCCAUGUGAAAGGCCAAGAGAGCAUGGAGUUGCUGAGAGGACUCGCUGAUCUGGCUAAGAGAUGCUUAGAUAUGUGUGGCGAAAAUAGGCCAUCGAUGAAAGAGGUCGCAGACGAGCUCAACAGAUUGAGGAAACUUUCACUGCAUCCUUGGGUACGGCUCGAUGUGGAGACAGAUGUGGAAGGCCUUCUUGGUGGAGAAUCUACAAGUAGUUAUGAAAUAGAAUUAAGUGGGUAUCCCAUGAGCGAAAGUGAGAAUCAACCCAUAAACCCAAGAAGUUCCUAUUAUGAAAGAUGAGUAAGAGUGUAAGACCUUCGGUACUUAUGUAUUAAAGCUAUUACUUAGAGAUACAAAUGUUUUGUUUCUGAAAAACAUGUGUAUUAUAGUUUUUUAUACAUUGAGUGGGCUAGAUGCAUGGUUGAUGGCGAGGCCAGGGGUAACAGAGCUUUCA